AAUGGUUGCUGGCUGCUCUUCAUGGUCGUCCAUCUCCCUUUCUUUACCCCAUCACCAUUGCUGCUUUUCAUCCACUCUGCAAUUGCAUCAUCUCAAAUCAGCAUCAAAUUCCCUUCUCACUCCUUCCACUCGACUAUCCUACGCGAACUCCUAUUUCCCCAAAUUCUCAAUGUCUCCUCUCAAAAGCGGCACUGGUAGUACUGAGGAAAUCAAAACCACUCAAGACAAAAGCUCUGUGAAAAAUCUCAUGUCUGAUUUCCACGCGAUCGACUCGGAAUUACUUCAGAAGUUGGUUUAUGAUGCUCUUGUUUGGAGUUCUCUCCAUGGGCUCGUUGUAGGAGAUAGAAACUCCCAGAGAUCAGGAUUGAUGCCAGGAGUGGGCAUGGUUCAUGCUCCAUUUGCCUUACUGCCAAAUUCAUUGCCUGAGAGUCACUGGAAGCAAGCUUGUGAGUUGGCCCCCAUUUUCAACGAGUUAGUUGAUCGAGUUAGUUUGGAUGGCAAGUUUCUACAGGACACCCUCUCAAGAACAAAGAAAGUCGAUGCCUUUACCUCAAGAAUUUUGGAUAUACACUCCAGGAUGCUACAAAUCGGCAAGAAGGAGGAUAUUCGCUUGGGAUUACAUCGCUCGGAUUAUAUGCUUGAUGAGAAAACAAAUUUACUUCUCCAGAUAGAGCUGAACACAAUUUCAUGUUCAUUCUCUGGGUUAAGUUGUCGUGUCAGCGAGCUUCAUAGGAGCUUACUUUCCCAAUACAGAGAACACCUUGGAUUUGAUCCCGAAAGGAUUCCAAUAAACACUUCUGCAAGUAAUUUUGCCAAGGCGUUGGCAAAGGCGUGGACAGAGUAUAACAACCCAAGUGCAAUAGUAUUGGUUGUGGUUCAACCUGAAGAAAGGAACAUGUAUGACCAGCAUUGGCUCAGUGCAACACUCAAGGAAAAAUAUAAUAUUACAUCUAUACGGAAGACGCUGGCUGAAAUUGAUGCACAAGGGAAGAUUCUUUCAGACGGAACUCUUCAAGUGGAUGGUGAAACUGUUGCGGUCGUAUAUUUUAGAGCUGGAUAUGCACCCACCGAUUAUCCUUCUGAAUCGGAGUGGCGAGCUAGGCUACUGAUGGAGGAGUCAUCGGCUAUUAAGUGUCCUUCAAUCGCUUAUCAUUUAACUGGCACCAAGAAAAUUCAGCAGGAGCUUGCAAAACCGAACAUUCUUGAGAGGUUUCUUGACAACAAAGAUGACAUUGCUAAGCUUCGGGCAUGCUUUGCUGGAUUAUGGAGUCUUGAUGAUUCAAAUGCAGUCAAGAAUGCUAUUGAGCAGCCAGGGGCGUACGUCAUGAAGCCACAAAGAGAAGGCGGAGGUAACAACAUUUACGGAGACGAUGUUAGGGAAACUCUUGUAAGAUUGCAAAAAGAAGGGUCUGAAGAAGAAGCAGCCUACAUCCUCAUGCAAAGAAUUUUUCCAACUGCUUUCCGCACAAUUCUUGUCCGAGACGGUAUCUGCUAUAAAGAACACGCCAUAUCUGAACUUGGGAUAUUCAGCGCCUAUUUAAGAAACAAAGAGAAGGUAAUCAGUAAUGAGCAAUGUGGUUACUUGAUGCGUACCAAAGUUUCUUCAUCGAAUGAGGGUGGUGUUGCUGCUGGCUUUGCGGUUUUGGACAGUUUAUAUUUGACUUGAUUUCCAGCCCAUGUAAGGAUCGCUCGUCUUUCCCCUAAUAAUAAUCGCUAUUUUUUUGGCUCGUUCACGAGCUAAUCACUUGGCAUAAUGUUCCGUUUUCAAUCUUUUCCGAUUUGCACCUUGUGGCAUGAUUUUUCUGAGAGAUAGCAAAGGUCAUAGCAUGUGUAUUAUACUCUGAUUUUAGUGUAACAUCUAUCUAUAAUAGGAUUCCGACCCCACUUUCGAGUGGGAUUUUACUGGGUAUGUUUGGUUUGGUUUAUUUUUAGUUCUUUUGAAAAUAAACUCAAUUUGCUGCUUUC